GUGCCUCCAGUACCAAUCAAUCAUCCGCCCCCCUGUUCUGGAUUUCUUUGCUCACUUGAUUCCCCUUCCUCCGCUGCCGCCAUCGAUACCCAAUUCAUUGCCGGCGACUCGCAUUUACCCCAAUCUCCCUUUCCUCUUGCUCGCAUACUUCUUCAACCCUGCAGCUCCCUAAACAUCCCUUCCACGCUGACGCUUUUGUUCCUCCGUCGCGGCUGCAUCGACGGAAGCAAGUAGUACCCUGGCUCUUUGUCGGAGUCGUCAUCUUAAUCGGAGUUUUUGGUUUCUCGACCAGCCGGCCCGGUAUUCACAAUCUAUGGUAUUAUCAUCUUUGAAACACGGAAAGUGCAUAUGCAAAUAUGGGCGUGAUUGAAGAUGGCAGAGUGGCGGGAACACUGCCCAGCACUGAGGCCUUUGCCGUUCACUACCCUGGCUAUCCUUCCUCAACUUCUCGCGCCAUCCAAACUCUCGGUGGAACUAGAGCAAUUGUGCAGAAUUAGACAGGCUCGAACUUCGAAAUCGAACGAUUUGGAGCUCUAUUUCCGUCCGGAGGAUCCAUACUGCCGUCCUAUUUCGGGAGAGCUCGGUCCCUGUAGUGGCUUGCUGCUAAGAAUUUCCAAAACCCGAUCACUCUUCGAGAAUGAUCGGAUUGAAGUGGCAGAUGAAGUGAGAGUUAGCGCUGAAAUCGUUGCUCGUGUCACCGAAGCUUAUCGCUUUGAAGGAAUGGCGGACUAUCAACAUGUAGUGGCUGGCCAUGCUGAUACAACUCGCAUGAAGAAAAGGAGCCGGACUGAAAUGGAUCAAACACAUUUUGACAGGGUUGGUCUCGUGGAUUUAGAUCAGGAGGAUGUAAUGAUUUUGCCCCCGCCAUUUUUUUCAGCAAAAGAUACACCUAGUAAUGUAGUGUUGAAACCAUCAACCUUUACAAGUUCAAAGAAGAAACAGGAGGAAGUAGUUGAAAACUCUGUAGAGAUGAAUAUGGAGCCUGCCCUUGCUAUUGAUUUUAACAUAAAAGAGAUACCCAAGAAAAUAAAUUGGAAAGAAUAUGUAGCUCAUAUCUCGAGGAUGCAGGAGUCACUGAUAGCUUUAUCUGAGUUGUUUGAGGAGCGACCGAUAUGGCCUAAAGAGUCUCUCGUGCAGCGGUUACUUGAGAAGGAUCUACAUUUUAAUCACCAAACACUCAAAAGACUUCUAAUAAUGGUGGCCUACUACUUUUUAGGUGGGCCAUUUCGCAUGUUUUGGAUCCGAAAAGGAUAUGAUCCUCGCCAAGAUUCAGCAUCUUGCAUCUAUCAAAGAGUUGAUUUUCGAGUCCCGCCUGAACUUAGACGUUAUUGUGAAUUGUAUGCUGCUAAAGGUUUAAAACAGAGAUGGGAGGAUUUAUGCAAGUUUGAAGCUUUUCCUUACAAAUGUCACACAUCACUCCAACUCUUUGAACUUGUCGAUGAUUACAUUCAAGAAGAGAUAAAGAAACCGCCCAAGCAGACGACUUGCACUUAUGGAUCAGGUUGGUUCUCUCAGCAGGAGCACGAUACCCUAAAAUUUCGUGUAAUGGUAAGAUUCCUAUCAGUAUAUCCACAACCUGGUGCACAAAAAUUACACAGAGCUGCUUCAGAAUGUUUUGAAAAGUCGAAGAAGUUGUGUGCCUUAAAACAGUGUCAAAAGGAAAACCAACAGACUCACGCAGAUGAUAAUGUGGACGGAAAUCAACACGAGAUAGAGGUUGUCACUACUGAUAAUCUUGCUGCUGAUGAUGAUCAAGAAGAGGAUAUCGAUGCAUAUGACGCUCUGGAUUUGGUUGACGAAGAUGACGAAUUCUCGCUGCAUUCAGAUUCGUAUUUGGAUGCUGGGAGCAACUCAAGAAACUAUCUGCAAGAGCUCUUUGAUAGCUUUCCGUCAACUGAAGCUGGAGAUGGGAAAAUACAUGACGACGCUGACAGCAGUGAUGGCGACUAUCAAAUACUCGAGCAAGACGACGACAAUUACUCUGACGACGAUUAUGAAUGAUGGCAUUUUUUAAGUGAAGGAACUCAAUUCAGUCUCAUUGUGUUACGUAGUUUGCUGCAGAUUCAUGUAUCCAGAUUUUUCAUAACCUAAACAACAUCACUAAUUAGUUUGGCUUUGGUAGAGUUGCAUGCAUUCAUAUCCAC